AUGGUGUCCGCGCGCGCUCCGGCUCUGUUUGUGUGCGUCCUCGUGACGCUGUUCUGCACGGUGAGCGCGAGCUGUAGCGACGUAAAGCACGUGUACACCGAGAUGGGCUUCAACCCGGAGAGUGUACCUGAGAAUUACACUACAGAUGUUCACCUACGGGUGUGCGAGAAGCAGAACUGGACCUGCUGCAGUGCAGAAAUGGAGCAGAAUUUGGUCAACAGGAGCACAGAUGACUUUCUAAAGAUUGUGGACGAGGUGACUGAAAAUCUGAGGAACACGUUUGAAUCCAGGCAUAAAAGAUUUGAUGAUUUUUUCCUAGAUCUCCUGAAUGAAACGGAACACUCACUGAACCUGAUGUUUACUCGUACCUAUGGGGACCCAUACAUGCAAAAUGCUGACAUUUUCCAUGAGAUGUUUUUAAACCUGAAGCGCUACUACUUGGGUGGAAAUGUAAAUUUGGAGGAAAUUAUUAACAAUUUCUGGACAUGUCUGAUGGAGCGCAUGUUCCAGCUGCUAAAUUCACAGUACAACAUUAACGAUGAUUACAUGGAGUGUGUGAACAAGCAGAUGGAUGAACUUAAACCCUUUGGUGAAACCCCCAAAAUACUCAAAGCUCAGGUGACGAAGGCAUUCGUGUCCGCUCGGACCUUUGUUGAGGGACUCAAGUUAGGGAAAGAAAUUGUAAACAAUGCAACUCAGGUGGGAAUGAGCAGCAAGUGUAUUAGCGAUGUGACUGAUAUGCUAUACUGUGUCUACUGUCAAGGACUGAUAACGACGAAACCCUGCGCUGCGUUCUGUAAGGGUGUCAUGAGUCACUGUUUAAACCCACAGAUUGAAAUUAGCUUUCAGUGGAAAAAAUACAUUGAUGCCAUGUUGCUUAUGGUUGAGAGACUAGAAGGGCCAAUUAAUAUCGAAUCUGUCAUGGAGACGAUCGACGUUAAAAUUUCAGAUGCAAUCAUGAACAUGCAGGAUAAAACCAUGGAGAUCUCAUACCAGGUUUUUGGAGAUUGUGGGCAGCCAAAGCUGCUGGAAAAGAACAGAUCUUCUCGUGCCAUUCCGGACCAAUUUGAUGCUGAAUACCUACCAAACAAUUCCUCUGGAACAAGCCUCCAAAAACUGGUAUCAGACGUUAAGCAGAAGUUGGUGGAGUUUCGCUUGUUUUGGGAGUCGCUGCCAAUCCUCAUGUGUAAUCAUAAAAAUGUGUCAACACCAGAGGAAAGAAAUGAAGGAAACUGUUGGAAUGGACGGGCAGAGUUCUGGGAAACGUCUUCUGUGUCUGGGUUCCUCAAUCAGGGGAUGAUGGAUUUUUCAACGCUUAUUGCUAAUCUAAACCAAGUCUACAGUGGCCAGCAGUUACAGUCCGAUGACUCCAGUUAUGAAAUGGAAAGUGGAUCAGGAAGUGGGGUUGACUGUGUGGAAUCAUGUGAUAAUAACCCUAACUUGUUCACAACCGAUCAGCCAGGCACAAAAUCGUCCACCAGAAUCCUUCACCCGUCUUGCACUCUUAUUUUAAUUUUAGUCAUCCUCACAUUAAUCUGCUAUCACAGAUAAUACCCACCGUACACUCCUCCUAUAGUCCUGCACUUUCUGUUCACUCUGUCCAUCCACUUUCAGAAAUAAGGUACUGUACAAAUAGGCAAAAAUCAUGAGAAAUGAAAUAAUGAUAUUAAAAGGGUUUAUUUUUAUUAUUCUGGUGUAAAAAAGUAAUUUUCCCUACU